GGUAAAGGAAACGGCGGUCAAUCAAACUAUUCAUUUGGUAACUCUAUUUGCGAGCGUAUAUGUGAAGAGAGACGUAGGGAUGGUCUGCACGGACUCGCCAUACAAUACGGACCCGUCGGUGAUGUGGGAGUAUUUGAAGGCUCGGAUCAGUUGCUAUUGUUAUCAACACUGAGGAAACAGCGAAUCAAUUCGUGUUGCGAUGUUUUGGACAAAUUAUUGUCAAUUAAACAACCGAUUGUCACUUCAUAUGUUAAAGUGGACCAAACUAAGGAAGAAAGUAGUAGUCGAGGCAAACGUAUGAUACGAGAACUGUGGCGAGCGUUGGGUAUCGACCCGGAGAUCACACCCAACCACUUGACUCUCGGCGAGAUUGGCAUCGAAUCCAUGUUUGCCGUUGAGUUGCAGCAGGAGUUGGAGAGGGACUGGAAUAUGAAGGUAUCGCUAAAUCAGGUGAAAACCAUAACCAUCGGUAUGUUGAAGGACUACGAGGCCGGCCGAGUUGGGGAAAUCAAAAAGCAUCUAGAGGAUAUC